GGAGAGGAAGGGGGUGGUGGAAAGACAUGCCGUAUACGUCACUUCCUCUGUUGCGUGCGCCGCUAACAGCCGCCCAAGCCUUGACCGCCUCCCUCCCUCCCCUGCUUAUACACACCGUUUCCGGCCCCAAGUUCCUUAGUAACAAUGGAGCAUAAGAUGGCCGCCUGAGAGAGCGCGAGGGGGAGGGAAGGGAGGAGAAGACGGAGGGGGACGACCGAGCGCCAGACGCCGCUGGGCCUUCGCGACGGGGGAAGGAGGAGGAGAGGGAAGCGGGACGUGACAGGAGCUGCGCCUCAGGCCGUUGCGGGUGCGAGGGAGAGCGCCGGACGGAGACGCCGGAAAGGAGGAGGAAGAAGGCGACAUUUUCCCUACUGUUAUCAACAUGGAAAGUUCAGAUUCUAAUAAUAAAGGAAGUGUCGAUCAAUCUGAAGCACAGCGCCAGAGUCAGCUGGACCGACUGGAUCGGGAAGAAGCUUUCUAUCACUUUGUAAAUAAUCUGAGCGAAGAAGACUACAGGCUAAUGAGAGAUAACAACUUACUAGGCACCCCUGGUGAAAUUACUGAAGAAGAGUUGCUAAGAAGGCUGCAGCAAAUUAAAGAAGGUCCCCCACAGCAAAACAUGGAAGAUAAUAGAGGUGCAGAGUCCACAGAAGAUGUAUCUAAUGGCGAUUCCAUAAUAGAUUGGCUUAAUUCAGUUCGACAGACUGGGAAUACAACACGAAGUGGGCAAAGAGGAAACCAGUCUUGGAGGGCAGUGAGCCGGACUAACCCAAACAGCGGGGAUUUCAGGUUCAGUUUAGAAAUAAACGUCAACCGUAAUAAUGGUAACCCAAACCCAGAAACUGAGGGUGAGCCAUCUGUAGAGCCAUCUAGCGGAGAGGAUCUGGAAAAUAACCAAAGUAAUGCUGAGACUCCAAGAUCUGACACUCCUUCUGUUGCAAGGGAGUCUGGGCCAGAAAUUCAUCCCCCUGAAGAGGUAAACGAGGAAGUUUCUCCUCACAGAGGCCAGAGAAGAUCAAGAAGCCGAAGUCCAGAACAGCGGAGGACACGAGCUAGGACUGACAGAAGUAGGUCACCUCUUAAUCCAGUGAAUGAAUCUCCUCGUAGGGUCCAUCACAAUAUAUCAUCUCAGACACCUGAUCUUCCCCCAGUAACCGAAGCUGAAGGAAGUUCUAGAACAAGACAACAUAUGGUGAUAAGACAGCAUACAACAGCUUCUGAGACACCCAGUGAAAAUACAGUGCUGUUUUCAGCCCCUGAAGCAAGACCUGCUCCUCAGGCAACAGGUUCUCCGGAAACAAAUGGCAGUGCAGAACCUGCAGCUCCUGGGCAGAGGCCACCGACUAUUGUCCUUGACUUACAGGUGAGACGAGUCCGUCCAGGAGAAUACCGGCAGAGAGACAGUAUAGCCAACCGAACUCGAUCAAGGUCCCAAACCCCAAAUAAUACUGUCACAUACGAAAGUGAGCGUGGAGGUUUUAGGCGUACAUUUUCACGCUCAGAAAGGGCUGGAGUGAGAACUUAUGUCAGUACCAUUAGGAUUCCUAUUCGAAGAAUCUUGAAUACAGGUCUGAGUGAGACGACGUCUGUUGCCAUUCAAACCAUGUUAAGGCAGAUCAUGACUGGCUUUGGUGAGCUCAGUUAUUUUAUGUACAGUGAUAGUGAUGCAGACCCUGGUGGCCCAGCACCAAACCCAAAUGUAGAAAUGGCAGAGCCACCAAGUGGAGGUGUGAGUGGAAAUAACAGCUCAAGUAGUGAAGGUCCUGAUGCUGGACCAGGGGAGGCAUAUGAAGGCAGCAACGAAGGGGGCUCCACAGCUGGCGCUAGGCGGGAAGGACGGAAUGCCAGGGGGUCAGUUACUUUUGAAGAAAGCGGCUCCCUCCCAUUCCUUAGCUUGGCACAGUUUUUUCUGCUUAAUGAAGAGGACGAUGACCAGCCAAGAGGGCUCACCAAAGAGCAAAUUGACAACCUCGCCAUGAGGAAUUUUGGUGAAAGUGAUGCUUUGAAAACCUGUAGUGUGUGUAUCACAGAAUACACGGAGGGGAACAAACUUAGAAAGCUGCCUUGUUCUCAUGAAUACCAUGUGCACUGCAUAGAUCGCUGGCUGUCGGAAAAUUCCACCUGCCCGAUUUGCCGCCGAGCAGUCUUGGCUUCCAGUAACCGAGAGAGUGUUGUCUAAGCCAGGUGUGAACUUUCAGCCGAGUACACAAUGGGCUAACCAUGGGCAAAGAAGCUGCUUUUCUGUGGCCACUUUUUAAUGUGGUGGUUAUAAAUGUAAAGCAAAGAGAAGGUGUGAUCUUCCCUCAUGAAAUGGAAUUAAAAAAAAAAAAAAGCUGUGUAGCAGAACCUUCUUGAUUAAGGUCCUGAAAAUAAUAGUGGGUUUGUGUGGUCAAUUAAAACACAAAACACACCACUACAUUUGCCCAAAGACACUUGCCUGUUCUAUUCUCUGUUUUCCAACACAAGCAAGGUUCACAUCUUUCUUCCUCCUCCACCCCAGUGUGUAGUGGAUGCUGAAGAUCUCAACAUGGCUGUUCCCUGUGAAGAAUCUAACUGGAGUCCUUCAGCUACAUAGUCAGCCCAUGCUUCACUGUGGAAUAAAACAAAAACUCGCCAGAACAAUGAAAUUGCACCCCUCAGUCUGAUUUUAGCUCCCUCCCUCCCACCUUCCUUGUAUAGGGUAUUGAAUAUGGUCAUGUAAAUAACACUAAUCUUAGCCCUCUCCCACUGUACAGCUGUCUUAAGCCCAACACUAUGGCACGCCAUAGAAUGGGCUGGUAGUUUAAUGGGGAUAUUUAUCUUGCUGUGGAAAUAUAUUAAUUAAUUGCUUCUGCUUGUUUAAAUAAACACACUUUUGUUUUAAAAACUGUAAA